AUGUCAUUUGCGAGGCAAUCGAAAAUUUUUCACAAAAAGUAUUGAUUCGAUUAUUUGAAGAUGGAACAUUCCCGGAAGUUAAAUCCAGUUUUCCAGGAGUUACUGCACAACUUAGUAACAUCACUGUGAAAGAAUUCGCGCCUGCUGACCUUCAAGGAAAGGUGUCGUGUUGUCGGAUAAGGGAAGAAGAGAAAUCGUAA